AUGUCCGACCCCAAACUCAAAGCAGAGCUCUACCGGAUGGCCCGCAAAGAGCUCCAGCUCACCCACAUCCCCAUGAUCAAAAAGGUAGCGAACGAACUCGACGACGCCUCGGAAGCCUGGUACCCCAAGAUUCUUACACUGUCAGCACAAGUCAAUGCUGGCAGUGACGAAAAGAUGGUGGAAGUGAUGAGGGAAGCGUCCGAAGCUAUGGCCAAGUAUGAGAAGGUGCUGAGUGAUGUGGCGCCGAAGUUGAAGGAGUGGAAGGACUUGUUGGCGAAGUGGGGCGGGCCUGAGGGCCCGGCGCCGGGGCCGACGGCGUUUGAUAGCUAG